UAACGUUUCUGUCAAAUAAGAAUUCAAUAUUAGAACUGCGUGUGACAAUUAGUAGCUUCUCGAAGAAAUUUACAUGACUAGUGAUCUAUUCUAGGAUUUAUUGUUAAAGUAGAUCUAAAACAUGACUCCUGUGGUGCAACUAGCGGAAGGAAAAAUUUCUGGGGGUACUAAAACUGACCUGAAUGGAGAAAAGUUUCAUUCGUUUUUAUGUAUUCCAUACGGAAAAGCGCCCGUAGGCGAAUUAAGGUUUAAGGCACCUUUACCAGUUGAACCAUGGGAAGGAGUAAAAAAAGUUAUAACAGAAGAUAAAAUUGCAUUCCAGAAAAAUAUUCUUGUCAACCCGAACGCAUAUGUUGGACAGGAAGAUUGUUUGUCUCUUCAUGUAUUUACAAAGAAACUUCCCAGUGAAGAAACCAAAUUGAAACCUGUGAUGGUAUUCAUUCAUGGAGGAGGUUUUGUAAUGGGAUCUCACGAAACCAUGACAUAUGGUCCAGAAUAUCUUAUGACUGAAGAUAUAGUUCUCGUCACUAUCACUUACCGACUGGGUCUAUUAGGUUUUCUUAGUUUAAAAGACGAAUCAUUGGAAGUUCCUGGAAAUGCAGGUCUAAAGGACCAAGUACUAGCUUUAAAAUGGAUCCAGAGAAAUAUCAAAAAUUUCAAUGGAGAUACCAAUAAUGUUACCAUAGUCGGAGCAAGCGCAGGAGGAGCUUGUGUUGAAUAUUUACUCUUAUCUCCUUCUGCCAAAGAUUUGUUUCAUAAAGCCAUAAUUCAGAGUGGGUCAACGUUGAAUCCAUGGGCUCUAAAAGACUUCCCAUUAUCUGAGUUUGCCAAGUUUCAUGGAAAAGCAGGUAUGACUGAAAAAGAACUUCUAAAAAGUUUGAGAGAUACAUCUGUUCGAGAAGUUUAUGACCAACAAAAUGAUUUUAUUAAAUCAAAGAAGUUAUUUGCAGACCUCUGUUUAAUAUCUCCAGUGGUAGAAAAACCCAACCCAACAGCAUUUUUGACAGAAAAACCUAUUGACAUAAUCCACUCAGGGAAAUACAAUAAUGUUCCUUUGAUAAUUGGUUACAACGACGGUGAAGGUCUUUUUGCGGACAUCCUGGCAAAACUUAAAAUGUGUGAUGCGAGAGUGAUGGCCGAUAUACCCCUCGAGCAGAUGCUGCCGUACCAGACCAAUUUUACAGACACACAGCAAGUCAAGCGGUUAAUUGACAAGUUAAGAAAUUUUUAUCGUCCAGAAACUGACCCUAUUGGACGAAUUAAUCUCAUAACGGAUGCCUACUUUGCAGUUGGAGUAAAAAUUUCUGCAAAAAAUCAUGCACAGGUGUCAAAAUAUCCUGUAUAUUUUUAUAGAUUUACUUUAAAUGAAGGUCUUAACUUAAUGAAGAAAAUGAUAAAUGAUAAACGUCCAGGAGCAUGUCAUUCAGAUGAACUCGGAUACCUUUUUAAAAAUGCAUUGGCGAUAGAUCUAAAGGAUGAAGAUAAACAUUGGAUAAAACAAUUGGUGACGCUGUGGACCAAUUUUGCCAAAUUCUGUAAUCCAACUCCAUCAGAUAAUAAUCUGAAUAUUGAGUGGAAGCCAAUACAGAAUGGAAAGUUGAAUUUCUUAGAUAUUGGAAAAGAACUAAAGAUGGAUGUCAAUCCAGAGCCAGAUAGGAUGAGCAUUUGGGACGAUAUUUAUCAGUGUAUAAAUAAUAAAUAAUAAAUUUCAUUUAAAAAAUGUUAAGAAACGUAUUUUUUAUAUAUAAAUAUAGAA